GCAAAGCUUGCUCAUUGGUGCAGGAUUCUUCCGCACAAAAGCCACGCCUCUUAGCCAACAGAAGGCGCUUGAGACGUUUAGUCCCGCCCCCUUACAAAUAUGAACAAGGAGAGGCAUGUGGGAGGCAGUGAGAACUGGCCGGGCUGUGGGACCAGCAGGAGCUUUGGAAAUGCGGGAUUACUGCGAUUCUGGAAGAUUAUUUCACUCACAGUGCAAGACUUGCUGCAACAGUAUGACUUUAGAGGAAAUCACAUCCUGUGACAACCACAAGGGAAAGAUGCAGCCAGUGAGCCGGGCUCUGGAGGAGGUGUUGGUGGCUGCCCAGAAGCGUGAUUCACUGACAGUCGGGGUUUAUGAAUCUGCAAAGCUGAUGAAUGUAGAUCCAGACAGGGUGGUACUGUGCCUGCUUGCAGCAGACCCUGAACAUGAAGACAGCAUUGCUUUAAAAAUCCACUUCACCUUGAUAAAAGCCUUCUGCUGUGAUAAUGACAUUAAUAUAGUGCAAGUGUCUGGUCUGCAGCGUCUCUCAGAAAUCACUGAUGGGCAUUUAGAAGGAAAUUCUGAGCCUAGUGACCUCCACUGCAUUCUAGUUUUGGAUUCAAUGACAGAUUCAUGGAAAUGCUCAAGCUGGCAUCAAAUCUCCAACUACUGUGCAGAAUAUAGAAGCAGGAGUCAGUGGGUGCCCUUCAUUUCUUUGACAGAACGAUGACUGGAAUGGUGACCAGGAAGUUGGAUCCAUGUCGUCAUAUGAACACUGUCCAGUUUUAAUGAAAAUUGGCUGCUGCAUGGAUUAUUAUCACUUUUUACCUAAUGAACUCAAUUAUAAAAACGUGGCUUUUUUUGUACAUUAACACAAGUAAAGUUUUUAUUUUUUUUUAAGACAUAGAAUGGAAGAGCAGCUGGUUCUGCAACUUAUCUAUACAUAUCAAUGGAACUGUGUUCUGGACUAUAUUUCAUCUGCUGUGCAUUUAAUAAUUACAUUUAUUUUAUAUGGACUGGAGAUUAAAUAGCUUUGGGAAGGGGAGCAUGGAUCCCUCUUUUGAGGAAUGGUACUAUUAAAAAGAUACUGUCGUUAUAGUGCCAUAGAUUGUAUUUGUGCUACAAAACAAUAAAUAGUGUUAUGUAGCA